CUCAUUCGGCCUGUCAUCGGGUGGAUGUUUCUUUCACAUGUGCGUGCCGAUAUUUUUGUUUAUUCACAAAAACGUGUAAAUUCAUAUUAAAACUUCCUGUAACACUUCUUUUAGCUUUCAAUUGUUACAAUAAAGUUGUGACAUCUAGUUAAAAAGUUGUUUGCAAUCGUCACUUGUUAAGUUUAUCGAGAAAUUUGCGAUGGUUUACGUUGAGCCGUCAUUUCCACGCGGCCGAAAAGUCGAUAACGACGAGGACCAGAAACCGCGGAAAAAAUUUAAAAAAUCAACAGACUAUGGAGCAGCAACAACAAACGAAGAAAAACCGCAGAAGCUUCGCCCGAAGGAGCGCCAGCAGGCGCGGCUAGGUCAGAUCGAGCAGGAUAGGGAAGAGCUGGAACAAAGCGUGAACGCCGCUCCGUUGCUCUUCAAGACAGCACAGGAAGGGAUGCUGCUGAUGGGCUCUAUAUUUAAAAUUACAAAAAUGGACAUAAAAAUCUCUUUGCCGGGCAGGUUGUACGGAUCCGUACCGAUUUUGUCAGUCUCCGAAGCGUACACCAAAAGACUGCAAAAUUUGCUGCAGAACAGCCUCGGAGGAGGUGGAGAACAAUGCCCUGGGCUGGAUGAAUUAUACCAGGUUGGAGAUAUAGUGUGCGUAAAGAUUAAGAGCAAAUUCUGUGAAGACAAGCGUUUCGGACUAACGCUGGAUCCCAAAGAGCUGCAUAGUGAAUUCGGUUGUAAAUAUUUGGUGGAAGGACUGGUUCUAACUGCCACUGUGGAAGAAGAAGAGGACCAUGGAUACCAAAUGAAUGUUGGUAUUAAAAACGUUAGAGCUUUCCUCCCAACGCACAAUGUAAAUAACAACAAAAUGGUCGUCGGUAGGAAUCUGUUCUGUGCAGUCGAGAAGGUCACCCAAGCAAAAGGAUCGGCAACAGUUGUUUUGAAAGCAUUCAAACCGACGGAACCCAGAAAGCUUGAAGUAGCGCAGGUCAAUAUUGAUGCAUUGGUACCGGGAUCAGUGGUGACGUUCAACGUUGAAUCGAUAUUGAGGAACGGUUUACAAGGAACGUUGUUUGAUGACACUGUUCCAGCGUUUGUUAACGAGAAUAUGUUGGAAAAACCAUUAUCCAGCAUUAAAAAUUAUGGAACUUUCAAACAGGUUCAAGCUCGAAUCUUGUACGUAAUGCCUCUUUCCAAGCAUGUGUUUCUUACGUUGGCCAAUUUUGACAGCAACAGAGUAUCCGUUGCAGAGCCCGUUGCUCCGGGAAGAAUAAUCCAGGACGCAAAAAUUAUUUACAAAUGCCCUAGCGGUGUUUGGUUCCAGGUUGGCAAGAAACACAAAGCAUUGCUUCCGAGAUACAUUCUAAAAAGCAAAUAUAACCAAAAUUACGAUGAACAAAUUGUAAUGGCAAAGUAUCAAAUCGGAUCGGUCCACAAGAUUCGGGUAAUGCGUUAUGAAGCAUUCGAUCGAACCUUGAUCGUAACGGAUGACGAGAAAUCGAUUGACACAAAAUACUUCACUCUGGCAGAUCUUAAAGUUGGAGAUAUUUACAACUGUCGCAUCACCAAAGUAUUGGACAAAAACCGAGGCUAUUUGGUAUCAUUGGACAACAUCAAAGGGAUUGUAACAGGGUUUAACUUCGACUCUUCAAAAAUGUUCGCUGUCAAUCAGAUGAUGAAAAUGCGCUUAAUUGCUAUUGAUGAAGAACGAAGAAUGGCGCAAUUUUCCAAUCACCCAGCAUAUUUAAAGAAAACCGCCAAGUUGAUUAUCAGCAGGGAAGACCUCAAAUCUGGCAAUGAAGCUCUGGGAACAGUGGUUUCCGAGCAGGAAAAAUACUUUCUCGUAGCAUUUGGCAAUCGAAUCAAGGCCAUUCUUUUCAAAUUCUGCCGUGCUGUUCCACAGGAUCAAACCCGUAUUGCGCUUUUAAAACCUGGAAUUGUCGAACGAUUCACCAUUCACGAAGUGUCCGAAAAUGGCGAAAAAAUUACCGUCACUAUCCCGCUACAUGAUGGCGACAGACAAACUCUACAGCAUGCAAUCAGCGGAACCAUCACGGGACUCUACGCGACCGGUGCCGACAUAUAUCUGGUGAAAGAGAACGAGACUGGUACCGUCCCACCGGAGAUGUUCUCGGAUUUCCCCUCGCAUAAUUCGAUUUACACCGGCGUGCUAAAGGAAGGUGAACAACUGAAGGUGGUCAACGUUAAAGAGAACGUCUACAGUUGUCGAGAUGUGGACUAUUUCCGGCGCAAACCGACGCACAUCAAAGACGUCAAACUGGGCCAGGUAUUGCGGGCAUACUGCGUUGAAGUGGCGCCGUCUGGAAAGAAAAUUAGCUUCCAAUUGGCUUUGAAAGAUUACCACCGGAGGAUUUGGCUUAAAAUGCGAAAAUUUGCCGACCGUGGUGAACAAGUUUCAAUUGAAGUGGGUCAAGUGAUUCUGGUGAAGGUUGUGAGAAGCGUGAAAAAACCGGACGGUCGGUUUCUAGUUGUGUCCCCCAAAUUGAAAGAUGUGUGUUCGAAUGAUGUCGAGGAUCCCAUUCGCUAUAUGCAAUCAUAUCUGGAUGACGUGAAGCAGCUGCUUAAAAGAUUCAAAUCUCGCGAUAAAGCUUUUGCUCAGUACACCAUCGGACAGAGCGUGACCUGCGUGGUGGAGAGUUUCAUCGAUGAAAGCGACCAGAUGGUUGUUCGUCUAGGUGACGGAGAAGACACAUUAGAAGCCAAAGGGAUAGCAACUAAGGACCCGAAGCGGGACGCCGAUAGCUACUCGCCUGGAGAUCUGCUCGAGGCUCGAGUUUUGUGGGUCGAUGUUGAAAAGCAGCUGGUUUAUUUAUGCGUCGUGAAGAAGUAUUUGAAACAUCUCACAGAUAAAGAUCAGAACCAGACAUCCAAGGAGUUGCUGCAGCCGCAAGUCGCACGGAAAUUUGUUACAUUGUUCCAGAAUGAAUAUGUUGCCGUGGGUUGCCUGUCGAAAGUGGAUUGUCCACUGGUCAUUGUGCCGGUGAGGUGCCACUAUAAUGAACUUAGAACAGCACCGGCGGUGGCGAAUAAGGUUAACGUGCUUUUACAGCGGAUUAGUGAUGGAUUGUUGCUGGGGUUGACCGAACAGACAUACGAUAGAUUUAAAGAUUUCAUAUGGACCCCGCCCGAGAGAAAGGAUAAAUCGGAUAAAAUGUGUUGGUUGCCAGACGACUACGAAGAACCGAUUCUAGAGGACCCAGAGGAAUGGAUGGAUGAUGAUAAUGAUAAUUCGGAUGAUGGAAAUGCCGAAAUUCAAAGCGAUUCUGGAAUUGAUAAAGAUGGCGAUACAGAAGAACUUGAUCCAGUCGAUGAGGAACCCGAAAAGGAGUCUAAGAAAAAGAAGAAGAAAGCUACAAAAUUAUCUUCUGGAAACAUACUUAAACUCAAGAAAUCUGACACCGUUGCAUCUCCGGCGAAGAAAUUAAAAGUGAAGAAAGAGAAAAAUAAGACCGCUGCUAAGAAGAUGAAAGCCGGCAAGGAGUUUGUCAUAAGCCAGUUGGAUGGGGCGGAUGAUUCAAGGAGUAAACACAAAAAACAAGGCAAGAAAAACAAGAACAAGAAUCAUUUUUUAUCCGAACGCCCGACUGCCAAUGCUUUACAUAAUUCGAGAAGCAUGCAGUCGGGCCCCGUAAGGACGAACCAAACACAGCUUGAGAAAAAGGAUAAACUGCAUCAAUUAGCUCAACAGACUAAGUUCAAGAAGAAGAACACUAAAGCCUCAGCUCAAGCCAUAAAAACUAUUACCGAACUUGCAGAACCCACAAAAAAAGCCAAGAAGAUCUCCAGUACCGAAAAGCUUCCAGGCGCGCACGGGUUUUGGGGCAACAACCCUUCCACUAGGAAGCAAGAUUCUGAUUCCAGCGAUGACGAUGAGCAACCAGAAACGCAAACAAAGAAACGCCUUAAUGCGAAAGAGCGUUUUGAAGCAAUGAAACAAGAGGAGAAGCGUAUCCGCCAAAUCGAGGAUGAGUUGGCCGACGCUUCGGUGGAUCCCCAUACACCUGACCAGUUCGACCGUCAGGUACUGGCACAACCGAACAGCAGUCUCCUUUGGAUCCGCUAUAUGGUGUUUCAUAUGGAAUCGGCGGAAGUGGAGAAGGCUCGAGCUGUAGCCCGUCGUGCACUGAAGACCAUCAACUUCCGAGAGGAAGGCGAACGCCUCAAUAUAUGGAUUGCCUUGCUAAAUCUUGAGCUUCGCUACGAGACGGUUGAUCGGUUCAAAGAGGUACUACAGGAAGCCAUUCAGUACAAUGACGCGUUCAAGGUGUACUCAAGAGUUAUUGAAAUCGUAAUCGAUUGCGGAAAGAUGCCGGAGGCACAGGAUAUAAUCGAUAUUCUACAAAAACGGUUCCGAAAGGAAUCGGAAAUGUGGCUACUGGUGGCAGGUUCCUACUAUAAAAUGGGACAGGCGGUCAAAGUAAAGCCUUUGCUCAGCAAGGCCCUCAAGUCUCUGGAGAACAAAGAGCACAUCCCGCUGAUCGUAAAAUUUGCUUUCCUGCACAAUCGUAACGGUGAACGAGAUGAAGCCCACCUUUUGUUCGAACAGAUCCUGACGUCGUACCCGAAGCGAACCGACAUCUGGUCGCAGUACGUUGAUAUUUUAGUCAAGGAUGGUCUGAUUGAUGUGGCCCGGCAAACUCUGGACCGAGCCAUUGCCCAGCGGUUGCCGAUGAAGAACAUGAAAACGUUGUACACUAAGUACGUGGCAUUUGAGGAGAAACAUGGCACCCGGGAGGCAGUGAAACGAAUCAAACAAGCCGCUACUGACUACGUCCAGAAGCAACUAGGAUCACUACUAUGAGGGUGUAAUUUCUUUUCGUCAUUUUAGUUGAAAUAAGGUAAGAAAAAUCAUUAUAAUAUUAAAAACCAUUAUUUACCGAAAA